AUGAAGUAUCACAAAAACGAGCUCUGUACAGCUAUUUGUUCCCACGGUACAAUUCUUCUUGAAUCUACAAGGUCGUGUAACAGCGAAAGAGCACAGUUCGAGCACCUUCGUAACCACUUUGGAAAUAACGUCUCCAUCGUCUUUGACGACUAUCCCGAAGAAGCUAGAAGAAAAAACACCAAAACAGCGGAACGACUCCGGCGCUACGCAGCUCAUUCCAGCUACGAAUUGACGAUCGAUGAAUCCAUAGUAGUUCAAAUUGCUCAAGUGCAUGUAUUGGGCAAUGAGAACAACAAGAGAUGUUUAAUAACUCUUCUUUGUGACGCCUUUCAGAAAAAGGAAGUAAAAGUAACUGUAUCCGAAGAAGUUGCGGAUCGAGAGAUCGUUAUGAUGGCGCUUUCAAAAAGAGCAGUAGAAGAUAUGGUCGUCAUAGUGGGAGAAGACGUCGAUCUGCUUGCUCUUCUCAAUGGUUUAGGCGCUGAAGAACACGAAGGGUGA